UUCCUCUCACCAGCACAUCAUGGUAGAUGUAACAGAGGAGGAGAUGGAUAACGCCACAUUUAAAAGUGACACUGUACUUUCUGAUGUUCACUUACACUAUCCAAACAAAAGACAUCUCAUGGUACGAUUGAAUGCAGUUGGACAACCAGUAUUCCUGUCAUAUUUCAAAAUCCUUUGGAACACAGAAGAUUCAGCAUCUGAGAAACAUGUGAGAGGAGCUACAACAGAAAGAGAACACCAGUACAGAAGUGGAGAUGAACUGUGUGACAAGGACAGGAAUAAUCUAAAAAAAGAAAGAGGAUUAAAUAGUGAAGGCGUAGAAGCUCUGCUAGACGAUGACGGAGACUUGGAAGUGGUCAGAAGACCUCACAGUGCCUCUGAUUUAGAAGCGGAGGAUCUUUUGAGGGAUAUAGUGUAUCCUGUAAUUCUUAUGAAAGGGAAAGAAGAUGCUUUUGAAGAUGAAGAACAAGAAUGCCCUUGCAGUGAUGUUGUUAAAAUAGAACAUACAAUGGCAACCCCCUUAGAAGAUGUUGGUAAACAAGUCUGGCGUGCCGCCUUUCUUCUUGCUGAUUACAUUCUAUUUAAACGGGACAUGUUCAGGUGUUGCUCAGUGCUAGAGCUUGGAAGUGGCACUGGAAUUACAAGCAUUAUUAUGGGAACAGUUGCCAAGAGAGUUUAUUGCACAGAUGUUGGUGAAGAUCUUCUGACCAUGUGUGAGCAAAAUGUUAUGUUAAACAAACACCUGAUGGAGCCAGGAAGAGGGGAAGUUAAAGUAAAAGAACUGGACUGGCUGAAAGAUGAAUUCUGCACUGAUCCUGAAGCUCCUUAUAGCUGGUCUGAAGAAGAGAUUGCUGAUUUGCAUGACCACUGUACUGUGAUAAUGGCAGCUGAUGUGUUCUAUGAUGAUGACCUGACAGAUGCCCUGUUCAGAACGCUGUACAGAAUCACACACAACUUGAGAAAUUCUUGCACGGUUUACCUAGCAUUAGAAAAGAGGCUGAACUUCACUUUAAGACAUAUGGAUGUUACAUGUGAAGCCUACAGUCACUUUAGAAAUACUCUGAAUGAUUUGGAAAACCUCCAAGAUAAAAAAAUGAAAUAUACUGUGGAGCCCAUUAAGCUUGAUUUCUGCCAGUUUCUCAUUUAUGAACGAAUUGAGCAGUUGGAAUUGUGGAAGAUUGUUGCUGAACAGCUAACAUGA